CUUUACUGUCCUGCUACUGCUUCUACUGUACUCCUAGUGUACCCUUCUAUACUCCUAGUGUACCCUGCUAUACUCCUAGUGUACCCUGCUAUACUCCUAGUGUACCCUUCUAUACUCCUAGUGUACUCCUACUAUACUCCUAGUGUACUCCUACUACUUUAACAAAUGUCUGAGAAAGAAACUUUUGAAAAAUCUAGAAAAAAUAGACUAUGGAUUGGUUUGUUAAUACUGUCAUUAUUGAUGAUCAUUUUCUUCCAUGAGUACAUUAUUCCCAAUCCGUCGGCAUCCCUUAAUUUGCAUUUCAAGUCCAAUAAAAUCGGAUACGUGAAUAAUGACGAAAUCAGUCAUAUGAUUGACUUGAUCCACUGCCAACAAGAAGAACUUGAUUUGCUCAAACAAGGAAAAAUAGUUGAAGAUGAAAGAAUAGUCAAUGACAAAAGAGAUGAUAAAAAGGACGAUGAUAAAGAUAAAGAUGAUAAGGACAAGGAUGAGAAAAAGGAUACUCCAUUACUUGAUCAAUCGUACAUUCGCUUUUUGUUAGCAGUGGCUGCUUUGAUUGUGAUUAACAUGGUUAUCAUAGUAAUUGUUCAUUUCUACUUCCGCAUUGCCAAUAGCUCCAGUAACUACCGUGAUGUCGAACAUAAAAUCUCUCCUUUCUAACUUAGAUAUUGUAUAUUAAAGAACGAUUCGGUGCUGGCCGAAUUUUCAGUAAUUCACUUCGCACAAUAAAAGAAUAUAUAUAUGUA